AUGGUUGAAGUCCAUGACCACCUCGAUACUUGUUACUUCCUACCUCACCAUGCUGUUUACAAGGAAUCGAGUUCCACCACGAAAAUCAGAGUCGUGUUCGAUGCUUCGGCGAAAACGACGUCAGGUAUUUCAUUGAACGACGCGUUGGAAGUAGGACCUACAGUGCAAAACGAUCUUAUCACAAUACUGCUUCGAUUUUGUUGUUAUCCUGUAGUGCUGACUGCCGACAUCAAAUAUCAGCGUAUUUUAUGGUUGAAUGCCAACAACGAUGUGGGAACAUUUGAAUUAACCACCGUUACGUACGGUUGCGCCAGUUCUCCUCACCUGGCAACGCGAACAUUGAUGCAGUUGGCGAAGGAUGAAGCACACGAGCUGCCCCUCGCAGCUAAAGUCAUACAAGAAAACAGUUACAUAGAAGACUUUCUCACUGGAGGUAAUACAGAACACGAGGUAAUUGAAAUUUACAAACAACUUUCAGAAAUACUGAAGCGAGGAGGUUCUGGGAUUCAUAAGUUCUGCAGCAACAGUAAAACUGUUCGAAACAUGAUUUUGUCUGAUCUACAAGAAGCACUGCUCAAUUUUGAGGAAGCCGAUAUAAACUGUGUGAUUAAGACUCUCGGUUUAAUAUGGAAUCCUAACGACGAUUACUUCGCAUUCAAUGUGAGUCCAAUCGAUAGCGUGUCCAAUCCGCCCCCGACGAAACGCAUCGUACUUUCUGCUAUCGGACUUAUUUUUGAUCCUCUUGGAUACAUAGGUCCUGUUAUCACGACAGCAAAACUGCUGAUGCAAGACUUGUGGAGACUUAAAUUGAAUUGGGAUGAUGAAUUGCCGAUCGAGCAGCUCCAAUUGUGGACUACUUUUCGAGAGCAGUUUCCAUCGAUUAACGAAUUACGAAAACAACGAUGUGUUAUUUCAAACAAGGCAGCAACAGUAGAACUUCACGGCUAUUCGGACGCUUCCAAACGCGCUUACGGAGCAGUUUUGUACACGAAAAGCGUUUUCCCGACGGCACGGUUGAUGUUCAUCGGUGUGUAG